GGGGUAUGCAGCUCUCUCUCUCUUUCAUGUUGGUUCAGAUUUGUUUGUGAGAAGUGUCUCUGUCUUUUGAGCAUGCCCCCCUUUGGGUUCUGUUUGUGAUUCUGGUUUUUUAGCUUUUGAAUGGUUCGGGUCUAGCAUUGUGCUCUCCCUGUUCUGAUGUUUGGCACUAAAAUGCUCUAGUUUUUGGUGGGUAUUCUCCGGUUUAGUGGGUAUUCUCAAGUGUUGACUACGUCCUUGGGGGUGUGGAUAGUUUAUUGUCAAAUUUGACAGGGCUGCCAAAACUGUCAAAUUCUCGUCAUCUGUGAGCCUUUAAGGAUUUGGGGUUUAAUUUGGGGAUCUUAAUUGGGGGUUUAGUUUAGAUCUAUCCAGUCGAGCCUUCCUCGUCUGAAUCUUCAGCGUCCUGCUACUCUGAGCUGAGCUUGAUUAAGUUCGAAAAGAAGGCACUCAUUCCGCCACCGUUCAAUGCUACUCUGCUGAAAUUCGCUGCAGACGAUUUGGGUUUGGCAAGAAGGUGAUCAAAAUGGCUACAGCGACCUACCCACCUCCACCACCGUAUUAUAAGCUAUACAAAGAUUACCUGCAAGAUCCAAAAUCAGCUCCUGAGCCGCCACCACCUAUUGAAGGGACAUACAUUUGCUAUGGUGCCAAUUACACUACGGAUGACGUGCUUCCAAGCCUGGAAGAACAGGGAGUGCGUCAGCUGUACCCAAAAGGCCCAAAUAUUGAUUUUAAGAAGGAAUUACGAUCCCUUAACAGAGAGUUACAGCUGCACAUUUUGGAACUCGCUGAUAUUCUCGUGGAGAGGCCAUCACAAUAUGCAAGGAGGGUGGAAGAAAUAUCUCUUAUAUUUAAGAACUUGCAUCAUCUUCUUAACUCAUUGCGGCCCCAUCAGGCUAGGGCAACGCUUAUACACAUUCUAGAACUUCAGAUAAAACGACGUAAACAAGCUGUUGAGGAUAUAAAGAGGAGGAGAGAAGAAGCACAGGCACUUCUGAAGGAGUCCCUUGAAUCGUUGGAGGACAAUAGUGCAGCUCUUAUGUUGAAGUAGGGAGUGCUCGUGUAUGUUGAAGUAGGGAGUGCUCAUGUAUGUUCUUACUUAUGAUCAAAGCCUCAUAGACGGGCAUCUAAUAGCUUUUAGGAGGGUUGUGGAGUCCCACAGAUCAAAUUAUCUCGGACAGAGUUUCAUCUACUACCAUCGUGUUUUGUAUCAGAAACUUCUGGUUUUACCGUUCUAUUCUAGUGUCAAAGGCAAAUAGGCCAUUUGGCUGUUAUUGAGUGAUGGUAUCCGAGGUUUAAUUCAAAUGAAUCUAUUUAAACGGGAUGAUAGUAUCAUGUUCUAUUGCUCUGU